CUCUGCUGCUCGGCCCGUCUCUCUCUCUCUCUCUCCGUGCAGCUGAGCUGCUUCCAGCGGGCAAGAUGUGGGCACGCUGCCUGGCUAGGAGCCCCUUGAAGCCGGGAAGGGGUCUGUCCGCUGUUGCCCAGCUGAGGGGGGUUCUAGAGAAGGAGCUGGAGGCUAUCCGGGGUGCGGGCACAUGGAAGAGCGAGAGGAUCAUCACUUCCAAGCAAGGGCCCCACAUCAAGGUGGAAGGGAAAGAUACAGGUAUCUUGAACUUCUGUGCCAAUAACUACUUAGGCCUUUCCAGCCAUCCCCAGGUGAUCCGUGCUGCAUGUGAGACACUAGAGGAGUUUGGAGCCGGUCUCAGCUCAGUGAGGUUUAUCUGUGGGACACAGAAUAUCCAUAAGAGUCUAGAACAGAAGAUUGCCCGGUUCCACCAGAGAGAAGAUGCCAUCUUGUAUAUCAGCUGCUUUGAUGCCAAUGCUGGUAUAUUUGAGGCUCUUCUGUCCCCUGAAGAUGCAGUGCUCUCAGAUGAGUUGAACCACGCCUCAAUCAUUGAUGGUAUCCGCCUUUGCAAGGCCAAUAAGUACCGCUAUAAGCACAUGGACCUAGAUGAUUUAGAAGCCAAGCUUAAGGAGGCACAGAAGCACCGCUUGCGUCUCAUUGCCACAGACGGUGUUUUUUCUAUGGACGGAGACAUUGCACCUCUUCGCGAGAUUUGCAGCUUAGCAAAGCGCUACAAUGCCUUAGUCUUUAUAGAUGAGUGCCAUGCUACCGGUUUUAUGGGACCAAAUGGAAGGGGCACAGAUGAGCUUCUCGGAGUCAUGGAUCAAGUGACAAUUGUGAAUUCUACCCUUGGCAAAGCACUGGGAGGGGCUGCAGGUGGGUACACCACUGGCCCAAAGCCUUUGAUUGACUUACUACGGCAGCGCUCUCGGCCAUACCUGUUCUCAAACACCCUUCCGCCAGCUGUUGUCGGCAGUGCCUCCAAAGCCUUGGACCUUCUCAUGGAAAGUAAUGAGAUUGCACAGUCAGUGGCUGCCAAAACAAAGCGAUUCCGUACUAAGAUGACAGAGGCAGGUUUCACCAUUUCUGGGAAGGAUCACCCCAUUUGCCCUGUGAUGCUCGGAGAUGCUCGUCUGGCAAGUCUGAUAGCAGAUGACUUGCUGCAGAGAGGUAUCUAUGUCAUUGGCUUCAGUUUCCCUGUAGUGCCCAAGGGCAAAGCUCGUAUCCGAGUUCAAAUUUCUACAGCACACAGCGACGAUGACAUUGACAACUGUGUACAAAUGUUCACCGAGGUUGGCCGUAAGCAUGGCGUCAUAUCCUGAUUAAUACAGGACCCUGAAACCACCAACAAAGGGCUGACCGGUAAUUCUAUUCCAACCAGUGGAGCAGAAGGCACGUGACCGGCACUACAAGAAUUCAAUGGAAACUUAAUUUAACAGAUCUAAAAAGCAACCUUAUUAUUUAUACACAACAGGACCCACCUAAUGGAAUUAAUUUCCAACAUAAGUAUUGAUCUGGGAUUAAAUAAUAAAGUGACUGCUGUCAUUUUUAAA